GGGUGCCAACCUCACGGCGGGGCUGCAGGACAUGGCGUACCUGCAGCAGCAGCACCUGCACCAGCAGCAGCAGCAGCGCCGGCAGAACGCUGAUGUGGCUGCCGUGGCGGCGGCGCUUCACUCGCCCUUCCGGCUCAGCCCCUACAUGGACCAGGUGUACAGCCCCUUCCAGCCAAGCCCCCCGCUCGCCAUGCGCGUGCUCAGCCCUCUCGAGCACAGGGGUCUUCACAUGGACUACCUCCAGCAGAUGGCGGCCCUGGGCCAGAGAGGCCUGAUGGACUUCCAUGCCCAAAGCACUGCCAUGACCCCAGACAUUGCUUUCUCAGCAGAAGGAUCUCGACUGACUAGUCCACGUGCAGGAGUGAGGGGCCGCAAGCGGGCCCUGUCGAGCUCCCCUUACUCGGAGAGCUUCGACAUCAACUCCAUGAUUCGCUUCUCUCCAAACUCCCUGGUCUCCUUCAUGAAUGGGUCGAGGAGCUCCAGCGCCAGCGGCUCUUAUGGGCACCUCUCGGCAGGAACCCUAAGUCCAGCCAUGGGCGUUGGUGCUCCGAACGUUCCGGCUCACCUCCAGCACCUCCACCAACUGAUGAGGCCUCUCUUGGUGCCUUCGGCGGGUGCAUUUGCGUCCCAGACCAUCCUCCCAAGUCCUGUGAUUCUGACCUCAGCCCCAGGGAAAUUAGAGACCGCGGACGCCGCCAGUGGCCGGGAGACGGCCAGUAACAUUGUGAGCAGCACGGUGGACACGGAGGAGGCCAGGAGGCGGGUGAAGAAGGAGCUGGAUGGGGCAUCCAUGGACGACGACAGGGACGGAUCCGGGGACAUGAAGGACGAACCUGGGGACUUUAUCGAAACCAACUGCCACUGGAGGGACUGCACCCGGGAGUUCCCCACCCAGGACGACCUUGUCAAGCAUAUCAACAACGACCACAUCCACGGCAACAAGAAGUCCUUUGUGUGCCACUGGAAGGAGUGUUCCCGGGAGGAGAAGCCGUUCAAGGCGCAGUACAUGCUGGUCGUGCACAUGCGUCGGCACACGGGAGAGAAACCACACAAGUGCACAUUUGAAGGCUGUUCCAAGGCCUAUUCACGGUUGGAGAAUCUCAAGACACACCUAAGGUCGCACACGGGGGAGAAGCCGUACAUGUGCGAGUACCCGGGAUGCACCAAGGCCUUCAGCAAUGCGUCAGACAGAGCGAAGCAUCAGAACAGGACACACUCGAACGAGAAACCCUACGUCUGCAAGGCUCCCGGCUGCACAAAACGCUACACGGACCCCAGCUCUCUGAGGAAGCACGUGAAGACGGUCCACGGGGCCGAGUUCUACGCCAACAAGAAGCACAAGGGGGCGGAGGGCGGAGGAGAAGGGGGACCGGGCGCCCUCAAGGACAUGCUGGACCCCACCGCAAGCAGUGAGGGUAGCCCCCGGUCGGACGAUGGCGGCAGCAAGCUUGCCAGCCUGUCCAGCCCCAGCGUCAAGUCGGAGGAUCAAGGCUCCCCCCAAAACGACAGCAGUCCCUGCGAGGAAAGCACCACCGACGGCCUCGGCUCGCUCGACCAGGGGUCCAUGGAUGCUCCAAUUAGCGACAACAGUGUCUCUACAACUUGUGGCCAAUUGGAAGCUCUGGACACCAACGACAGCCCCUGGGACGUCGUGGAUCCCGCAGACCUCGAGGUCGACGAAUUUGCGGCUGCCAUCACGUGCGCAGUCAGCUCGUCUGGAAACCACACCGAGGCCGAGAGAAAUGCGCACAACAGGAUCAAGGGCAAACAGUUUCACAUGCCGUUCAAAAACAUUGGCGGCGGCUCGUUUCUUGGCGGACCUCCCAGCAGUGAAAUGGGUGGACAUGUGCCUCGGCAUGGUGGGGUCCGCCAGCCUCCACCAGCAGACCAGCCAAAGAACUUUGUGAGCCUGUGCAAUUCGUCAAACCCUUCUCAGCUUCAAGGUUUCAUUCCUCGACAGACCACUACGUUGAUCAGCCGCAGAGGCAGCAGCACGAGCACCGUCAGCUCCUUCUACAGCAGCAUGUGCUCCGACGCCAGCCCACAGACAUCGACCGGCAGCGAGGCGUCGCGCAGCCUCACAAUCAAUUCCUCCUGCGACCCGAUCUCUACGGGCUGCUCACGAAGGAGCAACGACGCCAUCCACAGCCUCUCAACGCACUUCAGGAGGGUGCACAUUCCCACCCUCUCAAAUACUGGGAACCUGGUCGUGCAACCUCAGAACAUUGCAAUGACGAGCAGUCUGAUGCUUCCACCACCGGCGCAGAACAUGGAGGUCCUGCACGAACAAGAGGACUCGUCCAGCAUGCAGUCUCAGCCGGCGCUGGGUUCUCCCAGAUCUCAGGGGACGCAGCUCGGCAACCCGACGCAAGAAAACAGAGCCCCUUCCAGGCCGGGGACGUCUGCUGCGGUGCCCUUAGAAUUCUGCAAUGAUGGCCACCACCCGAACGAAAGGGCCGCUCUCAACUGCACGACGGACCAGCCAGUAGAAGAGCUGGACGACUUGGUGCUUCCCGAUGAACUCAUCAACUACCUCGCACAAAGAGAGCGACCGGCUUCUGCCAUGAGUCAAGCAGUGUCUAGUGUGAGCCAGUACGAUGAAAUCCGUAACAAGAACUAUGCAGGUGCUCAACAGAAUGGUUCUCUAAGCAAUGGCCAUUCCUGCUACUCAAACUCAUCUUACACAAAAAAUGUGCACCACCAAGAGGAUGCUGGCAUCCAGCAAGGUGGUGCAUGCUCACUGAACUCUCAGCCGAAGAGCUGCAAUAGUGGAACAUACUCUCAUCCGGCCCCACCCGCUCCGGUGGUGAACCACACGCCUUAUCCGCCUAGUCAGGAAACUGCCCAACCUUGCCAUCAGCCAGCGCAUGUUGAUAACUGGCACCAUCCUCAGCCUCCUGCAUCAUCAGGUCAUCUUCCCCUCCAAUCACCGCAUCACUCUGGACCACACCAUGGUCAUCCCCAAGUUCAUGGCAUCCAUAAUUCCCAGCCCUAUGGCUUCCAGUCAACACAGAAUCUUAUGGUCAGCCAGCAGCAGUAUGCAACACCUGUUCCUCAGCCACAGCACCAAGGCACUCACCCUGGUUACAACUCGCAGCCGGCAAACUAUUGUGAAAGGAGCCAGUUCUCGCAUAGCAGCAACAACAACUUCAGAGUCCACCACCAGGUGUCACAGCAAGGGCACACUUGCAACGGUAGCUUCAAUGCUCAUCAUGGACCCCCUGUCAACAGCUGCUGCCACCAGUCCCACGUGGCUCAUCCUCAGCAGCCAAACUGCCAUAUCCAUCAAACUAGUAAUCAUCCCCAACAAACGCAGGGAAUGUUCCCCCAACAUCGCGCACCUCCGCCAGCUUACCAACAGAACCCGUGCCAACUGCAGACAAACUACUGCCACUGUGGGUCACGGCUGUGCCGAAGCACUCCACAUCAGCCACCGGUCCACCCAGCGUACCCAGCCUGCAGGGUGCAGACCAACUUGAACCAGACUGCUGGAGCAAUCUUUAGAGCAGCUCCUAACAACCUUAUCCAGAUGCCUCAGCCCAAUCUGGUAGUGCAACCACAGUGCCACCAGCAGAGCCAGGCAAUGACAGUGCCACUUCCCCCGUCACCUGCACCAGUGUCCCAGACACCCUCGAUCCAGUCGGGAGUGGCAACAUACGGGACGUCGCAUUCCAGCAGCUGCCAAGGCACGUGCUUGCACCGAUCUCAAAACAACCAGUGCAGCGGUCCGUUGUCUCACAGAAGUAAUGGCACUCUGGACAAGGGUGCCCAGUAUGGACACGCCACUCACAGCUACAACGGGCACAAGUGUUCGAGGUGCAGCAACUGCUCAAAACCGCAGCCCGAGAUUCAGUGUCGCAGCGUGAGCCAGUCGUCGAGGGCAGCCAUGCCUCCGGACACCUACAGGCGCACCCUGGAGUAUGUGCAACAGUGCCAACAGCUUGUGGCUGUCAACAAUGCAGGGACAACUAACCAGGACCCACAAGGAAUCGCUCCACAAGUGACAGCGGAACCGCUCGUGCCUCCGGAGCCAACGCAGGUCCCGUCCCAAGUGCUCCUCCAGCCUCCCAUCUCUGGUGCUCCAGCCCAGGCGGGAAUGGUCUUGUCACCAGGAUGCAACAAGGUCACGAGUACGACAGACAAGUCGGAAGCUGCACAGAGUAGGGUGGACGGGCUCAAGGCUGUGCCGGACGGCUCUGGCUCGCCGAAAAACCCGUCCAGCAAGGGGUCAGGCAAGAAACCCGUUGCUUCGGCUGUCACGAAAGAGAGCAAGCCGCACCCACAUUCCCCGCUCUUGUGCACCAACAAUAUGGUGAUCAAUGACAUGAGUGCCACCCUCACAUCCCUCAUGCAAGAGACAAAGUGCCUGCAGCUAUUGCAGUAAAAGAAGGAAAACAUUUUUAAGACUUGUGCAGAUAUGCUUUUACAGCUGUCCCUAUUGAUAUACUGAGAAAUACUCUGUGUCUUACUCAGGAAAUCUUGUUGAGCUCCUCUGUAUAUAGCUGUAAAAAGAACUUUGCCCAUGUUCAUGUAUGAUUGCUUAUCACUGAGCUAUGUUUCAUGACAUGUUUUAUUUUAUUAGUUUUCCAUAGCGGUUUCAAUGGAUGCCAGCGUUGCCUUAUCGACAGUGCAAUUGGAAUGUAUGCAUACAUGCAACAACGACUGAUAAAUUAUUUGUUUCAUUAUUUUCUGCUUGUGAUUUGACAAUGUUUAUAUUCAGCACACCUUCUUGGCAUGAUUAAAACCUGGCAAAUGACCUA